CAAGCGGACAUCACUUUUUUUUCUUUUUGUUUUCUCUUUUUGAUUAGUGAAUGUUUUUCGUUGGUUUUUCCUGGAAUGGGAGGGUCUUGGGUGUAAAGCUUCUGGUAAUCAACGACCUAAUCUGCCAAUACUGACGUGACCAUGGAUCUGCUGCGUCUGUACGAGUGGCUCGAUGUCAAGACUAUUUUGAUUUUUUCCUGUGUUUUUUUAUUACUGGCUGAUUAUAUCAAAAAUAAAGCGCCGAAAAACUUUCCUCCUGGACCAUGGUCUUUGCCGAUUAUUGGAGACCUUCAUCAUAUCGAUCAAAAAAAUAUCCAUUUACAAGUGGCAAAGUUUGCAGAAAAAUAUGGAGACAUCUUAAGCAUUCGAUUUCUCGGACCAAGAAUUGUUAUGUUGAAUGGGUACAAAAGAGUGAAGGAGGUCUAUCUACAACAAGGUGACAACCUCGCUGAUCGACCCAUGUUGCCCAUGAUUUAUGACAUAGCCGAAGACAAAGGUUUAGUUGGUGCCAGUGGAUAUAAAUGGAAACAUCAGAGGAGAUUUGCACUCUCAACUCUUAGAAACUUUGGAUUGGGAAAGAAAAGCCUGGAGCCGUCUAUUCAUCUUGAAUGUCGCUUUCUGAAUGAGGCCAUUUCAAGUGAGAAUGGUCGACCCUUUAACCCUCAAAUCCUGCUGAACAACGCUGUCUCAAAUGUGAUCUGUGUGCUUGUGUUUGGUAAUCGAUUUGAGUACAGUGACAAUGACUUCCAGAAUCUGCUCAAGAACAUCAAUGAGGCUAUGUUUCUGGAUGGAAGCAUCUGGGCUCAAAUGUAUAACAUGUUUCCAUGGCUCAUGCGGCUACUCCCUGGACCACACAAGAAAUCGUUUGCUCUGUGGCAUAAGGUGAUAGACUUUGUUCGAGAGAAGGUGAAUGCUCACAGAGUGGAUUAUGAUCCAUCAAAUCCUCGAGACUACAUUGACUGUUUCCUUGCUGAGAUGGAAAAACUUCAAGACAACACAGCUGCUGGGUUUGAUGUGGAGAACUUGUGCAUCUGUGCUCUGGAUCUGUUUGUAGCAGGAACUGAGACCACCUCCACUACUCUGUACUGGGGUCUUCUCUACAUGAUAAAAUAUCCUGAGAUUCAGGCCAAAGUUCAAGAGGAGAUUGAUCAUGUUGUGGGAGGGUCACGACAGCCAUCUUUAUCAGACAAAGACAACAUGCCCUACACCAAUGCAGUCAUUCAUGAGAUACAGAGGAUUGGAAAUAUUGCCCCAUUGAAUUUGCCUCGAGCUACUGUGGAAGACACUCAGAUAGGACAAUACUCUAUUCCAAAGGGCACGGCUGUGAUUGGCAGUUUGACAUCAGUGUUGUUUGAUGAGACUGAGUGGGAGACGCCACAUUCUUUUAACCCGGGUCACUUCCUGGAUGCUGAGGGGAAAUUAAGAAAGAGAGAUGCCUUUUUACCUUUUUCUCUAGGGAAGAGAGUGUGUCCUGGGGAGCAACUGGCAAGAAUGGAGUUGUUCCUCUUUUUCUCCUCUCUGCUGCAGCGCUUCACUUUCUCUUCACCAGGAGGUGUAGAGCCCAGCAUGGAUUACAGGCUGGGCACCACUCGAUGUCCCCUACCAUAUAAGUUGUGUGCAGUGCUACGUUAAGACAAUCACAAAUAUGUGACCAUUGAUUGUUUGUGUUUGAGACAUUUACAGAGAAAACAUGUAUCCAUUAAUUUUUUGAAAGUUGUGGAAAUGGGUGAAUUGGCUCAAGUCCAUCCUUCUGACAAGUACAGUUUGCUCUGAUUGUCCAACUGACCCACUGCAUUGUGGUCGACCAAACACUACAAGUACUCAUCGGAAAAGUAACCCCCCUUUCCAUAAUCGCGAGCUUCAUCUUUUAAAAUAAAUGUAAAGACAGUUAAUAAUGUCCUUAGUUUUACCAUCAGUUCAAGCCUGAAAGGGGAACAGAGUGGUGUGACAGACACAGUGAUGAAGCUCAUAUGUGUUUGCAGUACACAAGCCAGGAUGGUUAAGACUCUCUGUCUCUCUCUCUCUCUCUCUCUCUGUGUCUUUCUCUCUCUCUCACACACACACACACACACACACACGUGUGAUGUGUAAAACUCUGGAUUUGAACAGUCAAUAGCAAAUAUUUAAUUAAACUAAUAACAAAACAUACUUGCAGUAGCUGAUUCAGAAGUGCCAGAUUGUCAUAGUAUAGUCAGAAUUACCUCUUCUCCUAGGUUCACAAAACAGUUAUCCAUAAAAUGUGUUGCUGUUCUUUUGUAAUUAAUAUUAAAGAUUCCUAAAUGCAUCUACUUUCAGAAGGCUAAAUAAAGUGCUAUUGCUUUCGCCUAGAUCGCACAGCAUCUCCCUGACAUGGCUGCUUCAAUAUUAACUGCGGUUAUGGAAACGACGCCUUCUUUCUUUACGUUAACAUUUGGGCGGCAUUAUGCAAAUAUUUCCACAUAUAUGACGUAGACAUGCUAGUGGGGGCAUGGCAGUCUUAACUUUGAUAAAGAAUAUCUCUUUGGGUUUGAGACUUUAGUCUUUGCAACUUUACAGAUAUACUUUAUGCGCCAAGAGCUUGUACCACUCCAAAGAGGAAGGAAAAAAUGAAAUCGCAUUUUACUGUUUGUUCAGUAAAAUGUAAAUUAGAUCAAUUAUUUGAUACAUUUGUGAUGCACUGUAUAAUAUUUUAUGCUUUACAAUGGACCUUAGUCAGGCUAGCCCUAUAUUUAAUUAUUGGAAUGAAACUGUAAAACUGUUGACAAAAACACCAUAAAACUUUUAUGGUUUAUGGUUUUAAUUGUGAAAAUUACAACAUCUACAGCCUUUGUACAGUGUGUAGCAAUGUAAAGACUGGCAGUCUAUUACUCACAGCCAAGUUGUUAUCCAUGUUAAAUUCAAUAAGGCAUCUAACCUGAUUAACGUCUGUGUAUAAUUGGAUAUGAUACCUGAUCUGAUCUCAGUAUGGUAUUCCAAUACGUAUUUGACAGAUAUGUCAACAGAACUCCUUUUGAAUUACGAUCAUUUGUCUAAGCCCAUGGGCAAAUAUCUGUUCUUGUUUCAAUCAUAAACUCACAUCAUUUUAAUUAAUCAACUAAAAACAAGACUUCUUAUUUUA